AUGCGGUUCAAGCAUGUUCUAGCCCUCUUAGGCUUCGCCGUCAUGGCAGCCGCCUACUCUGAGGUUGGCAUCUACGAGCGAUUCUAUUUCUACUAUGCUUAUAAACUCGAUUCCAUGAUCGUGGGGCAGCCAUUAAUUGCCGCCGGAUGCAAAAAUUGCAAUUUUAAUGAGUUCAUCAAUUUCAUUGAAGGAAACGAAGGCAAUAAGAUCCGGAAGGUCUCCGCUGAGCAUUUCCCCGACGUUGAGAAGACUGCCAAGCUGUAUGAGGCGAGCGGCGCGGCGACUCAAGUGCGGGAAGGACGUGUUUACAAUGGAGCCAAAGAUUACGGAGAACUCUUUGAGCUGGUGCGAAAGAGGCUCGAGUUUCUCCAGUGGGAAGGCAGUUACGAGUACCCGGGUUUGACGGGGGAAAAACUGGCCACACAGGUCGCCGAGGUCAAGACGAAUAUAAUGCAUUCCAUGAAGCAGGUCUGGCAGGGCCGCGUGCGAGCCGCGUUAACUUCUUUUAAGCCAUACGAAGGUUUCAAAAUCAUUCCGACUGCCGAUGGUAAAAGUGUCGACAUUGCAGCCACACUCGAAGUUGAGGAAAAUAAAGGAGCCAUGACAAAAGCUAAGCUGGAAGAGCUUUGGGGCGAGCAUACCAAAACUUACAAAGGAGCAGAUAUGGUUAAAGAAUUUAAACCGCUCAAGGACUGGCACCCAGCCAUCGUUGAGACUGAAGGAAUUAUCAGUAUGAAAUCUUCGUUGCAGGGGGCAGCCAAGAGCGGCUGGCUUACAAAUGCAAAUUGGCUCGUGAAAAAAUGGCGUAAUAGCUACGAUCUCGGCCAUAGUCGCAACGUUGACUCUGUCGGGGAUACUUACAAAGCCUUGGAACCCCAGCUCUGUCCGAACACGGCUAGCAGGCGUGAUUUUGGAAUACUGCGCAAGCGACAGGCUUUCUGUAUUAGAGCUGCCAAAAUUAAAGAAACUAUGGACGUCGAACCAAAGGGACUGGACACAGAGGUUAAGCCGGGCGAGGGCAAGCUGGGGCAGAAGCACAUCCCGGCCAGUGAGGGUCAAGUCAAGAGAGCGAAUAGUGUGUCGGAAAACGCGUUUGAGAAGUCGACCGAGAAGCGCCUGGGCAAAGUACCAAGUUCGUUUGAGAAAAAGUACGGCACGAGUUCGUUCAAGACGCUGCGAACCAAGGCACUCGGGUACAAGCCAUUGGAGCCUAAUUCGCCGAAACUUCGUUCUGGCGGCACCGGUCUCGGAAAAGUCGGAAAAGCGUUAGGCGCCGUCGGUGCCGUUUUAUAUGUCAAGGACAUCGUCGAUGCCUUCAGGGACAACGUCUCUCCCCUGCACUUCUUCGCGACCAUCACCUCCAUCGUCCCCUUUCUAGGCUGUGCCACUGAUGCUGCCGCCUCAGCAGAGGACAAGGCGCCUGUCGGCUUCAUCGUGGCCGAAGGCGUCUUGUGCAAUGUUGCCGAUGCCCUGCUCUUGACUCCCUUUUGGCCGGUUGGAGUCGCGGUUCACAUUGUCAGAGCUGUUGUCAAGCUCUUCCGCGCUCCUCCCACGCCGCCGACAGUCUUGGAGCUGGUGGAGAAGCGAGAUGCGGCCUGGGCUCAGGCGCUCGAGGACAUUUACAGAUACAUGUAUUCGGCUUAUGAAAUGAAUUCAAAGUCAUCCUUCGCCUUUAAGACGGGGAACGCCUUGUUCUUCGACUCCCUCAAUGUCCUCUCCGAAUCCGCCGACACGGUUGGCUCGCUGAAUGCGACUGGCUCGGCCGAGCUGUUUGAUCCCAACCUGUUUCCCGACCAGAAUGCCGUGCCAGACGCGGCAGAGCUUGAGACCGGGUCCAAGGAGGCCAUCGAAAAGCUUCAAGAAGAGGAAUGGGAAGCCGUAUUGCGCCGUCAGCGUCACACUCUGCUUCGUACCGCGAUUGCCACGGCUAACGGCUCGCUUUUUGAACUUGAUAAGGCGGCUGUCGAUGUGAAUACGAAGUUUAUCAAUUAUAUCGAAUCCAAGGAAUUCAAGGACAUAUAUCCCAAUAACGGCUGGCAAGGGGCUAAGAUCCUUGCCUUCUUUAAAAAUUGGGCAACUGCGAUGAGCAAGUAUCCUGGACUGGUUCCCGGCGUACCUUCAGCGCAACUUUUUGCACCACCCGUGGGGGACGACCCGGACUUUGAAUACCCUGAUAUCUAUACCUUCAUUGAAAAGAGAGUCCAGGAGACAAGCGAUUAUGUAAGAUCUAAACCUCCGGUGUUGCCGCGGGCGCUAGACGUUGCAUAUAUUCUCGGGCAGUCUAAGGCACUUUUAAAUAUUCCCAAUGAUACGCUAUCUCCGAUGUCCUUCUUGAAGGUUGAGGUGAGCCAGGUAUCUGAGAAGCCUCUUUCAUCACUAUACCUCCAGACACUUGUAGUCCGCCACACGAGGGAGAUUGUUGAAAUUAUGUAUGGGCGUGUUAAGGAAGAGAAGCUUAAAGAUUCUGACUUUGCCGUUGAGAAUCCUGAGCUUCUCAAUAAAUUCCGUCUCUUAAUCGCCAUGAAGUUAGGCGCGGUACACGACGCCGAUAGAGUCGCGGAGAUCAAAAGGCGCCACCCCAGCGGCUACGCUCCCGAGCUGCUUAAUCAUCGGGGACUUGUCCGAAGUAUCACCCCGUAUAUUCCCGUUUUCCAGGAAGAUCCCACCGAUCCUGUUCCCGUGUCUUACUACCUAUCAAUGGUGUCUGGCCUUGAGAAGACUCUUGUCGACGAGGCGCUCCACACCAAAGUGGCCAAGUACGUCGAAACACAAGAUGAGGCUAUGAAGAAUUAUUGGGAACAGCAGAAGAAACAUUUCAAUAGUCUCAAGGGUAUAGUGGAUAAGAUUGCCAGUGUUCGAAGCCGCGCCCCCCCUACGCCGAGCGAGUUCCUCGCCAAGUACCAGCCCGUGUGUGUUGGUAAGGGCCAGGACGACAAGACCUGCCAGUAUUUGGUUGAGGCCUGUUACUUCGGAGAGAGCAUAGGCGACGAGUUUGUUAACCUGUGCAUGGACGAUGCGUUGUCCCUUGAGAAGACGAGGGCCAAUAAGGCUGAGCUGUGUGCCAAGUUCCCUAGCUAUAAGAGCUGUGAGCUGGCCAUUCAGGACUGCGAUAACACGUAUAGAAAUAGCAUGUACACGGUCCUUUUUGAGUGCGCCGCUAAGGCUGCCCCCGACCGUGAGGCAGAGUAUGCCAAGAUGGCAGCCGAGUAA